UGAGAAGUUAUCUAUCAUCUUGGUAACCGCUAGCAACACUUGGGGUCUGUUUUUAUUAGUUCUGCUACUUGGAUACGGAUUGGUGGAGGUACCAAGAAAGUAUUGGAAUGCUGCCAAGAAAGGUCACCAACUCUCUUUCACUUACUUUCAAAUUGCAAAGCUUAGCACUGAAAAGUCUGAAGCAGAAGAAAACUUGGAAGAUAUUCUGGAUGAAAUAAAGAAAGCAGCAGAAGCCAUUCGUUAUAAUCACCCGCUACACAAACACAUAGAUACUAUAAUGACCAAAUGUCCAGAGGAGUUUCAAGAUAAGGUUAGUAAGCGAACCAUGGAUGACUAUGAAGACUAUGGUAGCAAUGACAUAGAGAUGCCUACACAGAGAACACUGGUUAAACUGCACAGUAAGGUUAUAUAUGCUGUAAUGCAUGAGAGAAGAACUUAUUUUGAAUGGUGUAAGUUAUUGGAACGGGCCUUUGAGUUGGAAGAUGUAGAAAAGAAUAUUCUCAAUGGUGAUGGGUAUUUCAAACACACCUUCCAAAGUACCAGCAAAAGAAGCCUGUUUGGAUCACUAUACACUCCGAAGAUAGAGUGGUAUUGGAAAACUGUAUUUUCCCCCUGGGUACUACGUUUUGUGGCUAUUGUAUUAUCUAUCUUCUCUGUGGCUGUCAUCUGGUCAGAAGUUGUGUUUUUCAACAAAAAUCCUAUUCUCUCACUGUUUGCUAUAUUUGUGAACUUGGCUGCUGACAACUACAGUUAUUUCUACAUUGAGCUUGCGUCAUUUCUAACCAUAGCCUAUAUGAGUGUGUGUGCAUAUUAUCCUAUAUUUAAGAUUAGAGUGUUUAAUUAUUAUUAUUUAGCUGACCACCACCAGACUGAUGAGAACAGCUUACUUUUCUCUGCCAUUUUAUUUUGCCGACUGACUCCACCAUUAUGUCUCAACUUCCUGGGUCUGAUACAUUUAGACAGCCAUAUUACAGGAGAUGAAAAUAUGCUGGAGACUUCUUUUACUGCUAUUAUGGGUCGUCAUAUGGAUGUACUUCCUUUCAUGGCUGAUGGUUUCUAUAUUUAUUAUCCAAUCACUGUGGUAGUCCUGUGUAUUGCUACCUACUUUAGUCUAGGUAGUCGGUGUUUAGGAUUUCUGGGAUUCCAGCAGUUCAUUGGAGAGGAUGAGAUGACACAAGAUUACACUGAUGAAGGAAGGGAAAUAGUCAAAAGAGAAAAAAGACGGAGGCAAAGGGCAGAAGAUGGUGAGACAAGAAGACGUGAAUUUUUCAACAGAUAUGGUCCAAAUAAUGGUCAUGGUUACUCAUCUGGUGACUAUUCUUCGAGUGAAAAUGGUCGAUAUAGUCAUAACCGAGAAAGUGAUAAUGGUACUGUCAAAGGAACUACAAAAUCUUACAAUGAUACCAGAGGUUAG